GAGGGUUACCGUAGACGCGCGCUAAAUGCGGUUUCAACGAAUUAGGUGAAGCAUUGCCGAACCGAAACGACCCGAGCCGUUGGCUAAGCAUUCCAAACUUUCCAUCAAUCAUCAAACCAAAAUCGUGUAAAAAUGUCCAAAUUCAACUAGACAGGAUAUGGGGCUGUGAUCUAAGUAUAUCUAUAUAUCGAGAUCUGGAAACUCUAACCGUCUAACCGUCUAACCCUCAAAUCCUCGUCAGGGGCUCAUGGAAUUACGAGUCUGGGCGUCGCCAAAAGCAAUUCAAAAUUGGAGAAAAAUUUUCAUAUUGCUUUCUCAGGCCUUUUGUUUAUUCGUUCUUAUCAUCCCUCAAAUUUCUCCAAAAUGAAUUGCAUCAACAGGCAUCUGCAUCUACAUCAAUGAUUCCUUGGACACAGUAUACUAGGUUACGAAAAGCCUGCCUGACACAACGAUUCCCGGAAUACACCCCUAUUUGUAUAACGUUAUACAGUACCGGUAUUCCAUUACUGUCUAUACCCGUUAUCGUUCUGAACCAGUUCGAAUAUGCACGGACUAAUAUUGAUUCUCAUCUGCCCUUACCUAUUCUUAUUAAGGAAUGGCGACAAUCAUAAGUUGACAGAUCUAUUUCUCGCGAAUCUUAUGUAACCUACAGGAUUUGAUCAAAAGAUCUCUGGGUUGGUCUCCGGUAACAUGCAUACUUUUUGUCACUUGGUAGCAAGGACUCGGAAGCUGCCACCCAUAUCAUCCGCCUCCAAUUCACUGUUGAUAUGUCUUCAGCUCAGUGGAAAUGAUCUUGACUCAAAGAGUCUGAACUCAAAAAAUCAAUCAUCAAUAUGCCUUUUCUUGACUGACAAAAAUUCCGGGAAUCUAUCAGCUCCAGGUCUGUGAUCGAGAUCGUGCAUCAGGAAUGUGGACUAGAUCACGCUCGCAGCAUUUACUUUUUCUUGAACCACAUCUCCUGUAUCCCUUCGUUUAUAUAAUACUUGAGCCAUGCCCUUCGUCUUGCUGUCGAUCAUCCCGCUGAGUUACAUCUAUUAUAGCUUUUAAUUUAAGAACUUGCUUCAAAUUUCAACAUGCCCCCCUCAAAGCCAAAGCCUUCAGAGAUCGCUGCUGAGGCGAAGAAAACUUAUGUCCCAUAUAUUCGCAGUGCAUGUCCGCAGUGGCCAGCUACUUCGUAUUUGUGCCAUUCGGAUUCUUUACGAGACCAGCCAAUUAGAGAAUCAAGACAGUAUACAUUUGCUUUUAUGGAACGAGAUCCCGUGGAUCUAGCUCUUGAAUGGACGGCCAGUGAGAAUGAUCGACCCAUUCCAGUUAUCAUGCCGGCACACGAACGACGACCAGGUGGUGAUUGGGAAGCUGGUGUGAUGCAACCGGAAGAAUGUUUAGCCAGACGAAGCACUCUAUAUACUUGCUUGACGACACCAGCAUCAGAUAACAUUACUUCAAAUAAUUACCCCAUUCCCGAAAGAGCUGGCAUUAUCUCCCAAAACGUUGUUGUUUUCCGCAAUGGACCAGAAAAGUAUGAGCCGUGGUCAGAAUACAAAUCACUGCCCAUAAUUUCUGUUCCUACCGUCAAGCGUCCUAAGCUUGAUAGCUCAGGCAAAAAGUACUCUUUCAAAACGGAACGGGAAUUGAUGAAAGCUUCCAUCAAGACCGCCUUGCGGAUUGCAAUUUUCUACGGUUAUGAUAAGAUUGUAAUCGGAACGUAUGGACUUGGCCCAGGUUUCAAGAAUCCACCAGAAGAAGUUGCAAACAUCUGGCGUGAGCUGCUCGUUCGUGACAACGAGUUCAAUCAGCAAUUUUCAGCCAUCAUUUUUGCCUUUGAGCCAUGUGAAGGUCCGGGAGGUUCUAGCUCUAGCAGUCCAAGUUCCUCAUCAAAAAGUUCAAAGUCAUCAAGCUCAAGUAGCAAAACUUGUUUCACUCACGAGCUCGAAAUUUUCAGGCAGACAUUCAAGCCAGCAAAUCUCCACGGCGCAUUCAAGGCUUGAAACUUUUCAACGGUGAUAUUUGCUGGGCGUUCUAGGUGGUGCAAAGGGUAAUAGUUUUUCACGAUGCAGGCAUGGGUGUAUUACAUAGUGGCGUUUAUGACGCGACAGGGAAUACAGGAUUCAAGCCUGGCUUAAGAGCGGUGGGAAAAUGUUGGGACCACUUUAUCAUUUUUUUCUGUAGUCAGCUAUUCAAUUACGAGACAUUUUUACUUAC